UUUGCCAUUCAUUCCGUGCCCAGCACAAAGCUCGGACGAAUUGUGGCCCUGGAUCUGGUGCUCUUGUAAAGUCCUCCGCACCAAAAAGCCAUGGAAUUGGAAGUGCCAAAGUUAGAAGAGCUGGCAUUGACUGAGAUCGAUGGUGAGCCUUGCAUGCCCGGAGUCGAGACGAACUUAGCGGAGCUUCUGCUCACCGCCGCCCAUAGUCGACCUGAAGGACUCUGCUUGGAAGCUGAGGCGACUUGCUACACUUUUGCUCAGGUGGCGCGAAUGACCAGCUCCAUCCGCAAAGUUCUGCGCAAAGCUCUGCUCUCCUUGCAGUUGCCGGCCAAGGAAGGCCAUGAGCCGGAGGCAUUUGAGAGACGUCUGGAUGAACAUGUCGUCACCAUUGUGUUGGAUCGUGGCGUUAAGAGUAUCGCAGCAGUGCAUGCUGUGAUGUUGGAACGCUGCUGUUACAACGCCUUUGAUGUCGGAGAGCCCUUGGCGAAAUUAAAGUCUUGGGUGGAGGUGAGUCGACCUCCAGUGAUGAUCUCCAGUGCUGCCAACCUGAAGCGCCUGGGCGUCAGCGACGUGUCGAAGGACUUGGGCGACUUCCCGCGCUUGGUGGUGGACGUGGACGUGGCGCUGAAAGUGGUGAAGUCGACUGUACCCCAUGCAGCGUGUUCACCGGAGGAUUUGGAUCGGCUGGCGUACUUGAUCUUCACCAGCGGUUCCACGGGGAAACCCAAAGCGGUGAUGAUCCGCCACAAAUCAGCGUUGAAUGUGGUGCGACUGUGGACCAAAUACGUGGGCCUAACGGCGGAGGACCGCUUCGCGCAGGUGGCCUCGAUGUCGUGGGACGUGCACGUCAUCGAAGUCUACGGUACCAUGGCGGCCAGGGCUACCUCCGUGACCUGCGAGGAUUUGGUGAAGAAAUCAGGGCCCGAUAUGCUGCAGUGGUUGAAGGAGCGAGAAAUUACUGGGAUGAGUGUGGUUCCAUCCCACUUGAGAUCCAUGGCACAAGGCGAUGUCUCAAGGAGCAGCCUGCCACAGCUGCGGCUGUUGGACGUGGGAGGUGAAGCUCUAGGACUGGAUGUGGUGGAGACCUGGGCGCCGGGGAGGAAGUUGUUCAACAGCUACGGCCCCUCGGAGAUCUCGGUCGUCUGCACCGGGACCUAUGUGGAAGCGGGUGACGUGAUCACCAUCGGCGCUCCCCUGCCCACGUAUCAGUGUCACAUCUUGGACCCCGAGACCUUGACACCGGUGGAAAGCCCGUCCACGCGUGGCGUGCUCUUCGUGGGGGGCAUCGGCUUGGCACGGGGAUAUCUGGAGGAAGAAGAGAAAACCAAGGCGAAGUUUCUGGACCAUCCCCAGCUGGGUCGAAUCUACAACACGGGGGACCUAGCAGCGUGGGACGAAUUUGGACGCAUCCAUUACCACGGCCGGACUGAUUGGCAGGUGCAAGUGAGAGGUAUUCGCAUUGAGCUUGAAGCUCUGGAGCAAGCAAUUACUGCUCUUCCAACGGUCAAACACUGCGAAGCGCGGGUCAUCGAUGAUCGUUUGGUGCUGUUAGUCUCUGGCGAAGAAAGCUCUGAAGCGAACCUCAAGUCCACCGCAGCGGCCCUGGGCCGUGGCUAUGUGCUGAGCCAGGUGAAAUUUGUGGAUGUCGACGCUUGGAAGUUCAACACCUCAGGGAAGCUCCUUCGAAAUGUGGUGCCGUUCGAGGCACCGGUGGCACAGAGAGAUGCAUGGGAGGCCUUUGAUAAAAGCGGCGCCAGCGAAUUGGAACAGGAGAUAGCCCAGUGCAUCGCGCCACAGGUGAGCGACUUGGACCGGUGGAGCGUCAACUCACAUUUCAUGGAGGACUUGGGCAUUGACUCAGGAGGCUUCGGACGCCUCAUCUCGCGCAUGCGACAGGGGAAGGGCAAGUUGUGCCAGGUGAAUCUGCAGAUGCUCUUCGAGUAUCCCACGAUCCACGCCCUGGCCUCUCACCUCCAUGCCGUGGCCGUCUCCGACGUUGACGACGCCGUGGUUUCCGACGCGGAGGACGGUGCCUGUGGCGCCGUGGCGGCCGCAAUUCUGGAGGCGGUGGAAGCGCAUCCGCACCGCGUGGCAUGGGAAGAUGGAUGUGAAUCCAGGACGUAUCUGCAGAUCUAUCGUAUGGCCCUCGGUUACCAGCGCUUGAUUCGUUCGAAGAUGGCGGCCGCAGCGCCGGCACAGUUGGUGGCUGUGUGGAUUGAAGGAUUCGGGCAGCAGAUGGCGGCGGUGUUGGGAAUCAUGCUGGAAGCCCAAACUUUUUGUGUGGUAAAGAGCAAGGAAGAGUUGAAGGCAUUGAAUCCCACCAUCUGCUUGGCCCCGAAAUGGGUGAAAGACACAUGUACUGAGAUGGACUGUCUCUUCCUGGAUGCCGGUUACGCGGCGCAAAUGGAGCGCCUGCAGAUUCUGGCAGCACGUGCUGCGCAGGAUGAAGAUGUCUGUGGCGUUGCGCUGGUGGCAGGUGUGCCGGUGCCGGUGACCCACAGCACUUUGCUGAGCUGCUGCGCCGAAUGGCGUCCCCACUUGGCUGGGCGGCGCAUGGCGCUGACCCCGCUGACCCCGCCCAACGCAUCGAUGGCCACCGCGGCGCUGGCGGCGCUGUGCCACGGCGCCACGGUGGUAGACGCUGGGAAGGUGGAGAUCUUGGUGGAGGAGAAGGACGCAGCUUCUAGCAGCGUGUCAGCACGGGUCACGCCCAGUCGAAGGGUGCUGAUUUCUGGCAAGACGUGGCUGACCUCCACGCCGGAGUUGUCCCGUGGCUUCACUGUGGGCAGCUUCGGGAGCAUGGGCACCGGCGCGUCGCCCAAGUCGAUGGCAUCGGAGUUGGCACCCUACAUUCUGGGCUCGCAGAAGAGCUUCGGGCCUCGCAGCUGGCCGGUCCUUUGCGGCGUGGUGCAGGGCGUGGCCAUCUUCGCGCAGCCUGUGAUGGUGGCGGGACGUUUGCUGCUGGCGGACCGGCUCUUGUUACCGGUGGCCUUGGCUAUCCCACUUUGGCAGAGUCUCGUUGCAUUGCUGACCUUACUGUUCUUUGAACAGCUAUUGCGCGUGCUGGGCUUGGCGGCCGUGAAGUGGACCUUGAUUGGCCGCUACCGCGAGGGAGACCAUGAUAUUUACAGCUUGUACUACUUGCGUCAUUGGUUGGUGGAACAUUUGGCAAAGGGUACCAUCGUUGGACAGAGUGCCCAUCAAGGGAGCAGCGUGGCCUUUCUCUUCAUGCGCAAUCUCGCCUUAAAGGCCCUAGGCGCAGAUAUUGCCCUAACCUCGGUGGUGACGGCACGUGUGGUGGCCUAUGAUCUCAUCUCUGUGAAGGAUUUGGCAACGGUGCAUGGCCCACGACAUUUGACCGGUGUGAACUACGGCAGCCGGCGCAUGGUGCUGCGGAAGGUCAAGGUGGGCGAGGGUGCUUUUGUCGGGCCCAACUGCACCAUGGAGCCUGGCUGCGAGGUUGCACCUGCGGGCUAUGUUGAGCCGCUGUCCACGGUCUCUGCUGGAACUUUGGUGGAGGGCCGCGUCACAGGAGUGCCUGCACAGGUCGUAGGUCCAGUGGACCUCUCGCGCCUGCCAUCCGUGGACGAAGUGCAGAAGGUGCGGCGCAACAACGCCGUGGUGGCGCUGGGCUACUGGCUGCUGCUGUUACCCAAGGCGAUGAUGCCCUUCAUGUUGGUGGUGCUUUUUCGACUACUUCAACGUGAGCCUUCGUUGACUGGUCCUGUGGACUUCAGCAGACCGUCCCUGGACGCUUUGCCUCCCAUGCUGAUGGCUCAACUGCCGUGGUUGCCUUUGAUCGCUUUUGCUGCUUCGAUGGUGCACACCAUUCUGCAGUUGCUGAUCACCGCGGUACUCUGCAGGUACUUGCCAAAGAUGAAGCCGCCCUGCACUUAUCCUUUGACACACUGGCGUGCACAGAUUGCGGGCUUGAAGAUGUCGAUGGUCUUGCAGGCAGCGGAGAUGUUGGCAGAUGCCUCCAUCGUCCCAGCCUUCAUCCGCCUCUGUGGUGCUAAGAUGGGCCCCGGAUGCGUCAUGGGCUUGCAGGUAACCCUCCCUGAGACCUUGGUGGUUGGGCAGAAGUCCUUCUUCGCCACAGGUAACAUUUUGACCAGUGUGGAUGUGGAUCGUGGGCAGUUCAAGGUGCCGUGCAUCACCUACAUGGGUAAUCAAACAUUUUUGGGAAAUCACAACCAUUUGCCCGAGGGCUUACCAGACAAUAGCUUCUGCGGUGUGGGGACUUGGCUCCCCAAGCGACCAACGGAGCCAAACAUGAGCUAUUUCGGGAACCCUGCCAUGAAAUUCCGCCGCCUUAGCAGUCAAGCUGCAGGCAACGUGAACCAGGGGCCAGAGAAGGCGCAUUUCUUGGCUCGUUUUUGGCAUCACUUCAGUACCAGCGUGAUGGACGUCUUCCUCUACCGCGGUGUGCAGGGCAGCACCACCGCCAUGGCCUUUUUCGUCAGUCGCACGGUGUGUCCCUUCGUGAGCGAAGUCUGGGAACCCGUGAAUUUGUUGCUCAUUUACAUUGGCUUCGCCCUUGGCUCCUGGUAUCUCUUCUCCGUUGUCCUCGGCAACCUGCUCUUCAAUGGCCAUGCGCCUCGCAGCAAUGCCUAUUAUUCUACCACCGUCACCCGGUGGUUCACGGCACUCACCGCCCAACAACGAGUAUUCAAGCUGCCCUUCCAGACAGCUGGCAGCCGAUGGCAAGCACCGAUCCUGCGUCUUCUGGGUGCGCGCGUGGGGAAGCGAUUCUUCUGCAUGAAUGAAUUGGUCUUAGUGGAUGCACCCUUUACAGAAGUGGGCGAUGAUGUCACCGUUGACUAUGAUGGCCAAAUCCGGUGCCAUUCCUUUGAGGAUUUCCGGCUGAAGUUUGUUCACUACAAAAUCGGGCACCGGGUGACCAUCAUGUCCGGAGCCAGCGUCGCCAUGUGCGACGCGGGCGACGGUGCAGUCUUGCGGCCUGGCAGUCUCACCUGGAAAGGAAGCAACUUGGAGCCGAACACCGUGUACGAAGGCGCUCCAGCGGCGGCACGAGAUGUGGAGAGCGGCUCAGGACCCACGCUGUUGCAGAAGACAUCCAUGCUUCAAACGAAAUAAGUCGUUCUCAGCAUUAGAUGCUUUUUGAUUCCUGGACAGUGACUUGCGCGCUGACCAGGAGAAUUCAAGUCUGCUCAAUUAGUAAAAUUCUGAUCAGGAAUUCAUGAAGCAUCAGAGCACACCACAUCCCGAGUGAUG